UCCUCCUCCUCUUCAUCACCAUCAUCGUCACGUCUGCAGCUCAGGAACUGCUGAGUCAGCGCGUUCUCUCUGCACCAACAUGAGCUCAAAAAAUGUUGUUUACAAGAAGAUGUGCAAGGACAAGUCGGUUGCAGUCUACAUGGGGAAAAGAGACUUUGUUGACCGUGUUGACUCUGUAGAUCCAGUGGAUGGCGUAGUCCUGGUUGAUCAUGAGGCUCUGCAGGGACGGAAAGUGUUUGUCACCCUCUCCUGCACCUUUCGAUAUGGCAGAGAUGACAUGGAUGUGAUGGGAAUUGCAUUCCGUAGGGAACUGUACCUGUCGACCCGCCAGGUGUUCCCGCCUCUGCAAGACAGAGAGAGGGGAGUCCACACCAGAACCCAGGCCAAACUGCUGCGCAAGCUGGGAGACAAUGCCUACCCGUUCUUCUUCGAGUUUCCUGACAACCUGCCUUGCUCAGUGGCAUUUCAACCAUCACCCAUUGAUGUUGGCAAGAAAUGUGCUGUGGAGUUUGAGGUCAAAGCGUUCUGCGCCGAGAGUCAGGACGCCAAAGUACGCAAACGGAGUGCAGUGAAGCUGUUGAUUCGAAAGGUCCAGUUUGCCCCAGAGGGUGAGGGAACAGCGCCAUCUGUUGAAACCACCAGAGACUUUGUCAUGUCAGACAACCACUGCAACGUCAAGGCCAGCCUGGACAAAGAGAUUUAUUACCAUGGCGAGCCCAUCAAAGUUCACGUUAAUGUCACCAACAGCUCCAGUAAACACGUCAAGAACAUCAUCCUGACUGUGGACCAGAUCGCCACUGUGGUUUUGUACUCCAACGACAGCUACGUCAAAAGUGUGGACAUAGAGGACUCUGGAUUCAGUUUUCUCCCUGGAGCCACUUUGCAGAAAGUCUACAAGCUGCUGCCUUUGCUGGCCAACAACAGGGAGAGGCGGGGCAUUGCGCUGGACGGCAAACUGAAGCACGAAGACACCAAUCUGGCAUCAUCGAGCAUUGUGAAGGAAGGCGUGCUGAAGGAGGUUUUGGGAAUCAUGGUUUCAUACAAAGUCACAGUGAAGUUCAUCAUCGGAGGGAUGAUGGGGUCAAGUGAAGUUGGCCUGGAGGUUCCCUUCAAACUGAUGCAUCCUAAACCUGAUGCAGUGAAGGAGAGCGAGCUAGAGGAGGAGAUGGUGUUCCAGGAGUUCAAACGCUCCUACCUGAAAGGAAUGAUCGGGGACGAUGAGGACGAGGAUGGCAACGUGUCCGGAGGUGAUGACAUGAUUCCCAAAGAGAAAUAAAGUCGAGGAGCAAACAAGGAAGAAUCUGAGGAGUCACACUUUCAAAGGGAGAAUAUGAACCGUAACUAUAAUUUAGCAUGUUUCAGUUUAUAAUUUGUCAAACCCAGUGAUUUGUUCCACAUUCACACGACGGUCCAACACAGAACCAAACAAAGGUGUCAACCACACCUUCCUAGAAAAUGUAUUCAAAUUGUGUCCAAUAAGAGCUUCGCUUUCUUUAAAUUUACAUAAACACAGUCUUCUGGGGGCAGCGUGUGUAUUAUAUUCACCUCAACAUUGUCAGGUUAGCUAGCAGCCUGGCUAGCCUAGCCAACCCGCUACAGAGACAGACAGAACA